AUCUUUCUCGCAAGAGAGCCGAAGGAUGCUGAAGAUGUGAUCCGGCUUUUACAUCGCCGUCGACGUGACGUCAUUAAUUCCCACCCGGGCCAUCCGUCAUUCAUAUUCACCCCCGUCAAUCGUGCGGACGCGAUAAAAGCUCGCCAUCGUCGACGCCGGCUAGUUACAUCUGUUUACAUCGCCGAGAAACGUGUUAAUUCGCUCCGAUUUUCCAUUACAAGAAUUUAUACAACCGCGAGGAUGUCUUGUCCGGGAAGAGAUCCGUCAUCGGAGCAGCUAAAUAAUUACAAGAGGAAUUUGAAGGGUGAACCUGUAUUAUUAACUGCAAAUGGAGCACCCGUUGCCGAGAAGAAGGCCAGCCUUACGGUUGGUCCUCGUGGACCCAUGUUGCUGCAAGACUUCGUUUACCUGGACGAGAUGUCGCAUUUCACCAGGGAAAGGGUCCCGGAACGAGUUGUACACGCGAAAGGAGCCGGUGCGUUUGGCUACUUCGAAGUUACCCACGAUAUCACUAAAUAUUGCAAGGCCAAGGUAUUUUCUAGCAUCGGCAAGAGGACUCCCAUCGCUAUAAGAUUUUCCACCGCCGGUGGUGAAAGCGGUUCUGCUGACACUGUCAGAGAUCCGCGUGGAUUCGCAGUCAAGUUUUACACCGAGGAGGGUAUCUGGGAUCUUGUCGGCAACAAUACGCCCAUCUUCUUCAUCAAGGAUCCCCUUUUUUUCCCAAGUUUCGUACAUACGCAGAAAAGAAAUCCCGCGACCCACUUGAAGGAUGCUGAUAUGUUUUGGGACUUCAUGUCUCUUAGACCCGAAACGACGCAUCAAAUUAUGUUCCUCUUCAGCGAUCGGGGAAUUUCUGAUGGAUACCGCUAUAUGCACGGCUACGGCUCUCAUACAUUCAAGCUUGUUAACAGCAAGAACGAGACAGUCUACUGCAAGUUUUACCACAAGACCGAUCAAGGGAUCAAGAAUCUCUCCCCGGAGAAGGCCGCCGAGCUCAGCGCUUCCGAUCCCGAUUACGCGAUCAGAGAUCUUUACAACGCGAUUGCUAAGAAGCAAUAUCCAUCCUGGACUCUUUACAUCCAAGUAAUGACAAACGAACAAGCGAAGACCUUCAGGUGGAAUCCGUUUGAUCUGACAAAGAUAUGGCCUCACGAGGAAUAUCCUGAAAUUCCAGUGGGCAGACUGGUGCUGGAUCGUAAUCCCGAAAACUAUUUUGCCGAUGUGGAGCAAGCGGCCUUUAAUCCGGGGAACAUGAUACCCGGUAUCGAGGCGAGUCCAGACAAAAUGUUACAAGGUAGAAUCUUCGCUUACGGUGACACUCAAAGGCAUCGCCUGGGACCGAAUCAUCUUCAGUUGCCAGUGAAUUGCCCUUUCAAGGCGAUCUCCGCGAUGCAUUAUCAACGAGACGGUCAUACGCCGAUAUACAAUCACGGGGGAGCGCCGAAUUAUUAUCCUAACAGCUUCUCCGGCCCGAAGGAGUGUCCGGCCGUUCGUUCGCCGCCGUUCCAUUUAAGCGGAGACGUGGAUCGUUACGAUCCCGUGGACGAGGAUGACUUCGGUCAGCCCGCUAACUUCUGGAAGAAGAUCCUCGACGAACCCGCGAGAGAGAGAUUGGUCCAAAACAUGGUCGGAAGUCUGCGCAACGCCUCGGUGUUCAUCGUCGAGCGAGCUGUGCGAAACUUCGCCCGGGUGGACAUCGAUCUUGCUCAGAGAUUGACGGAUGGUUUGCGCAAAUGCGGGAUAGAGAUCAACGCUUUGGGAAAAUCGGCCAAUCUCUAAAGAGGAUAUAUUAUAUAUUGAUAUAUUUGUUAUUUUUCUCUUUAUUCUCUCGCUUAUGUACUUUUGUACUAUGUAGUUUUUAAAACUACAAACAUUUUUUAAAACAUGGUGGAUUGUUUGCGCAACGUCUCGGCGUUCAUUAUCGAGCGAGCUGUAGGAAACUUUGCCCGGGUGGACGUCGAACUUGGUGAGAGAUUGACCAAGGGUUUGCGCAAGUGCGGGAUGCAGAUCAACGCUUUGGAAAAGUCGGUCAAUCUCUAAAGAAAGUAUAAUAUAUUUGUUAUAUUUUUCUAUAUUCUCUCUCUUAUGUACUUUUGCACUGUUCUUACUUAAAUAUAUAAUAUUUUAUUGUUA